CAGGAGCCCAAAGAACUGACGUGCUCGCCCUUGGCGCCCCGGCUGCACGCACGAGCUCCCGGUGCGCGCCCCGCCGGCCCCAGCGCCGGAGGCAGAAAGACAGAAGCCCAGCUGCCGGCAGCCCGCUCCCUCCUCCUGUCCGCAGAAGCCGCCAGAAGAUGCCCCUCCGCAGCCUGCACGCGGCUGCCGUCCUCCUACUCGUGGUCUUAAAGGAACAGCCUUCUAACCCAACCCCACACAACGGAUCCAAGUGGACCUAUAUAGGUCCCGACGGGGAGGAGAGCUGGUCCAAGAGCUACCCAUCAUGUGGGGGCCUGAUGCAGUCCCCAAUAGACCUGCAGGAUGACAUCCUCCAGUACAACGCCAGCCUUGUGCCCCUUGACUUCCAAGGCUACAGUGAGUCUGCCAACCAGCAAUUUGUCCUGACCAACAAUGGCCAUUCAGUGAAGCUGAAACUGCCCAAGGACAUGCACAUCCAGGGCCUUGGGGCCCGCUACAAUGCCUCGCAGCUGCACCUGCACUGGGGGGACGAGAAUGAACCUCACGGCUCGGAGCACACUGUGGGUGGGAAGCAAUUUGCUGCCGAGCUGCAUAUGGUCUAUUAUAACUCGGACCUGUACCCCAAUGCCAGCAUCGCCAGUGACAAGCCAGAAGGCCUCGCGGUCCUAGCUGUUCUCAUAGAGAUGGGCUCCUUCAAUCCAUCAUAUGACAAGAUCUUCAGUCACCUUAAAGAUGUAAAGUACAAAGGCCAAGAAGUGUCCAUUCCGGGUUUCAGCAUCGAAGAGCUGCUGCCGAAGAGGCCUGAGGAGUACUACCGCUACCGAGGGUCCCUGACCACACCUCCCUGCUACCCGACCGUGCUCUGGACGGUUUUCCGGAACCCUGUGGAAAUUUCCCAGCAGCAGCUGACGGAUUUGGAGACAGCCCUGUACUGCACACGGGUGGAGGACCCGUCCCCUAGAGAGAUGAUCCACAACUUCCGGCAGGUCCAGAAAUUUGAUGAGAGGCUGGUGUACGUCUCCUUCCGACAUGAAGGGCCAGACCCUACCUACACAGGACCGAGUCUGGGCAUCGCCCUUUUCGUGGCCCUGGCUGGCGUUCUGGGCAUCUGUAUUGUCCUGGCAGUAUCCAUUUGGCUUUUCAGAAGGAAGAAGAGCAGCAAAAAAGUUGCCAACAAAGGAGUCAUCUACAAACCGGCCGUCAAGCAGGAUGCUGAGGCCCAUGCCUGAGGCCCUGGCAUGCCCAGGCAUGUCCAAGGAAGGACCUGGCUUUGGACACAACCUGCUGUGGCUCCCUGGACACUUGAAAUACCUGGGGGUUCUCUGGAGUUCCACCCACAAGCACCCCAGACCCUUGGGGGACCCCACCAUCCUGAUGCCAUGCCACCCCCAGUGGGAGCGUGGAUGGGGAGAGCUUGCCUAGGAGGUAGGAAAUCUGAGCUGUCUGCUUCGUGAGUGUGAGACCAUGAAGUGGUCCGGAUUCGGGGAGCACAAACCACGUCGCCCGCUGCGGGCUGUUAAUGGUUAGAAAACACUCUCAUCCAGGGCUUCACUUGAAUGUGGUUUCCAGUGUCCUGGGAAUUCUGCUUUUUGUCCAUGCUUUCAGACCAGAACACGGACUCUCUCUGCACUCAGACUUAGGCUCUGCUCUUGAGACUGUUUCCUUCCUCAGGGAAGGGCUUGUUGUCUGCUUUCCUUCUGCUAUGACAAAACCUUUAGUCUGACCUUACAGCUGGGGGGACGGGGGUAACAGGAAGGGUCAAGGUGUCCGAGACAAAAAGAAAACAAGAGAUAUUCUUUGUAAUAUAGUAGAGGCAUUUUCCAAGU